UGACGAUAACGCAACAUCGUCACGACACGUCGACUUGCCGAAACCCACCUUCAUCCCGGUCACGCGAAAUCUAAUCGUCGCUCUAAAGCAUCUGCGCCUUGAUAACAAGCCAAGACUUAUGUGGAUCGAUGCACUUUGCAUUAACCAAGAAAAUGACGUCGAGAAAGGGUCCCAUGUUAGAAUGAUGGCCGAGAUCUAUCGUGUUGCUAGCCGGGUGGUCGUCUGGCUUGGGCCGGAAGAAAACGAUAGCAACCGCGCUAUGGAACUGAUAGAAUAUCUUGGAUCACAAACGACAUUCAAUUACUUGCAUAUGCGACUCAAACCUUCGGAGGUGUGCACUGACCCAACCCUGUGUGACCGGGACGUUCCAUUACCCUUUAAUGAGGGCGAGCUCGCCGCGAUCUACUGCUUAAUAUCACGACAAUGGUUUGAAAGAUUAUGGGUUCGGCAAGAAAUAUGGUCGGCUAACAAGGAUGCAAUAACGAGGUGUGGGUCUCAGCAACUCAUAUGGACAUGUUUUCGUCAGGGUUUGUUCUGCUUCCUGAUGAGGUGUGCUGAGGAUGUUAAGAACAACGUAUGGUCGAAGUUUGGAGGACUCGUCUUAGCUCAUUUGAACGUAGAAUUGAUCGGCAUACGUUUGGUCUUCGGGACUCUACAUUGCAAAGACCCGCGGGACCGAAUUUACGCAAUUUCGGCUAUGCUUCCCGAUGAGGAGCAGGCGUUCAUACCUCACCCAAACUAUAGCCAACCCUUUGUUGAGCUAUACACUCAUGCCAUAUUGCAAUGGAUAGGAUUUUAUAAUAGCCUUAACAUUCUACACGUGUGCGAGCUUCAAAAUAAGCCGUCUUGGCCAAGCUGGGUUCCUAAUUGGUCGAUACACUCGAGAAUGCCUGUCAAAAUCUCUCCGCAACACGCAUCCUCUCAGCUGCGAUGUUGGCACCAGCAACCCCAGCCUGGAACGCUCCGAGUUAAGGGUAUAUCGGGGUUUGUCAUCGAUAGACAUCAUAAGCUUCAAUUAAAUCGAUACUUGAGUGGUGGGGGCACAUUCAACUUGCUGCGUGAAAUAUUACGGGGGUUAGGUCCGAUUGAACGGGAUAGCAUCGAAAGAUACGCCCGGACUUUUAGUAUGGGCCAAGUCUCCGAUAUGUGCAAACCCCCUAUUGGAGGUCGACUGUGCUUUGAUAUAGUAGCAGGAGUUGUUCGUCUUUUAAUGUCCGAUUACGAAUUCGACGACUUGUUUGAAUACGAUUACUCUGGAGGGGAUAACACGCUAUCGGCUAAAGAUCCCGAUGGAGUUUUUAACGUUUUAAUACAGUUUUGCAAAGAGUUGGAUGGCCUACUGAUCUUCCAGGGUGGAACCAGCGGCAUAGGAAUUGGGUCCCAAUUAGCAAAAUCUGGCGACGAGGUAUGUGUUAUCGUUGGUUGCAACUGUCCUUUGCUGCUGCGACCUAUAAGCAAUGGUCAAUACAAACUUGUAGGUCCAUGUUUCGUGGACGACCUUAAAUGGGGUGAAGCCAUUCUCGGUCCGUCACCCAAGGGUAUUCGGCCGGUUUUUGCGGAUACCGAUACCGAUUCCCAUGUUCCCGCGUUCAUGGAUUCUGUCUCGGGUGCGGUAUCUUUCGAAGAUCCGCGGUUGAAAUCGCUGCCGAUAGACCUAAGUGAUUUUCGCCGAAAGCUAUCGAAGAACCCUUGGGCUAAGAUCGAUGUAGAUCCAGAUCUAUUGGGGGUAGAAUUACAGUGCUUUGAUCUUGUGUAGCUUAGUAACUAUCUCUCAGUCUUAUUAUUUACGAAGAAUUCUUUCAUUAAAAACAUAAUUUGUGGGACGAGGUCUU